AUGUCGAACCAGCACACUCAAAAGACCUACACCCUCAACACCGGUGACAAGAUCCCCGCCAUUGGCCUGGGCACCUGGCAGUCCAAGCCCAAUGAGGUCCGUGUCGCUGUCAAGGACGCCCUGCUGAAGGGUUACCGUCACAUUGACACUGCCCUUGCCUACGGUAACGAGGCUGAGGUCGGUGCCGGUAUCAAGGACUCUGGUGUGCCCCGCGACCAGAUCUGGCUCACCACCAAGCUCGACAACACCUGGCACCACCGUGUGGAGGAGGGCAUUGCCUCCUCCCUCAAGGACCUCGGUGUUGACUACGUCGACCUCUACCUGAUGCACUGGCCCAGCUCCACCGACCCCAACGACAAGUCCAAGCACCUCCCUGACUGGGACUUCAUCAAGACCUGGCAAGAAAUGCAGAAGCUCCCCGCCACCGGUAAGGUCCGUAACAUCGGUGUCUCCAACUUCGGCAUCAAGAACCUGGAAAAGCUCCUCAACGACCCCAGCACCAAGAUCGUCCCCGCUGUCAACCAGAUCGAGCUGCACCCCAACAACCCCUCCCCCAAGCUGGUUGCCUACAACACCUCCAAGGGCAUCCACUCCACCGGUUACUCGUGCCUGGGCUCCACCAACUCUCCUCUCUACAAGGACCCUACUCUGCUGAAGAUUGCCGAAAACAAGGGCAAGACUCCUCAGCAAGUGCUGCUCGUCUGGGGUAUCCAGAAGGGCUGGAGUGUCAUCCCUAAGUCAGUUAGCAAGUCGCGUAUCGAGGGCAACUUCGAUAUUGAUGGCUGGACUUUGACCGAUGAGGAGAUUAACCAGCUUGAUAACCUGAAGGACCGCUUCAAGGUCUGUGGUGAUGCUUGGUUGCCUGUUAAGGUUUUCUUUGGCGAUGAUGAGUAA